CGGCCCCGCUAAACUCAAAGGGAUUGGCAGAUACAGCAAAGAAGAAUUUUGGUGGUGGGAACACUGCUUGGGAAGAGAAAACACUAUCCAAGUAUGAAUUCAGUGAAAUCCGUCUUGUAGAGAUCAUAGAAAACCUGUGUGACAGUAGUAACUUUGAAUGCAACAACAUGGUAGAAGAGCAUGAAGAACACAUAGAGAAUUGGUGGUUCAAACUAAAGAAGAAGUAUCCUGACCUGCUUAAGUGGUUUUGUAUAGAAACUAUUGAAGUUUGUUGCCCUGCUGGAACAUAUGGACCAGACUGCCUUGCAUGUCGUGGUGGAUCAGAAAGACCUUGCCAUGGAAAUGGUCACUGUGAUGGAGAUGGUACAAGAGGUGGAGAUGGGUCUUGCAGUUGUAACAGGGAGUACACAGGAGAGUUUUGUCUAGACUGUGCUGAUGGUUAUUAUAGCCUCCUGAAAAAUGACACCCACUCUGUUUGUGCAGCUUGCCAUGAUGCCUGUAAAACUUGCACUGGCUCAACUAACAAAGACUGCAAGGAUUGUAAAGAGGGCUGGAUCAAAAAUGAGGAAGACACGUGUGUGGAUGUGGAUGAAUGUGCUGUAGAGGCUUCUCCUUGCAAAGACGAUCAGUACUGUCUAAACACAAAUGGAUCGUUUAUAUGCAAAGCAUGCGAUGCUAGCUGUGCAGGCUGCAUGGGAGAAGGUCCUGGCAAAUGUAAAAACUGCUUGUCUGGAUACACAAUAGAUGAUGAAAAGUGUACAGAUAUUGAUGAGUGUAACCAUGCUGAAAAGGUGUGUGUAAGAGAAAAUGAAGACUGUGUUAAUACCCCGGGCAGUUACAAAUGUGUUUGUUCGGAAGGCUUUGAAGAAAAAGAUGGCAUUUGUGUUCAGGUUGUAAAAGCAGGAGAAGAAAUAGAUACGUCGGCAACUGCACCUACAUCUGCUGGACAUGAGGAUUUAUGAUCUACAUUCCAAAGCAAGGCAUUAAUAGCUGUGCUUUAAAUUAUUGGACUGAUGUGCUAUUUACCUGAUCUAUGGAAAGGGUGUUGAAUAUUCAGGUUUCCAUUAUGAUUAUGUUGGUAGAGAUGAAUUGCCCUCCCAGCUGCAUUUCUUCAUUCACUUAAAUAAAUGCCACUUUUAUACAGGUUUUUUUUAAACUGUCAAACGAUAAACCUCAUUCUAGAUGGAUAAAAUACAAAAUGUGUUUGAAUUGCUAUAUUUUGAUUUAAACAGUUUAUUCCUAAGCAAACUGCUAUUUCUCUAUUUUGGCAUCUUUGGGAAUGAUUAUCCUUUUAUAAGGAGUUAAGUCUAUCUCAAACUUCAUAAUUCAAACAAAACAGAUUCACCAUCUGGGGGCUUCUGACAUGAAUAUUUUUUCUAAAAGCCACAUUCUAGUAUAGAAACUGUAAAAGGGAGUCUUUUGGAAAACUCUUCUCUUAAAACUGAAUGCCUAAUACUUCAUUCAAUAAAGAUUUAUUUUGACU